AUGGCUUUUUUCUGUCUCGCUGUGAUUCUGAAUCGGCAGCGACUCACGCGGUCGGAAACAUGGCCUGACGUAUCUUUUCGCUCCAAGCGCGACAGUCCCUCGGUAUGGUACUACGCCACCAGAUACUGGAUACCAGAUACCACGGACCCCAAGCCCUCGUUUCCUUUCCUCAUCCACUUCUUCGGUCUCUCCUCGAUCCUCGAAACAAGCGGGGUGGGGGUUUCUAUUUCCACCAGCAGUCGCCUUCUACUUCCAAGCGCUACUUCAGCCGCUCCGCGCCAGACGUCACCGACUCGCUCGCUCGCUCUCGCUCGCUCUCUCUCGCGUAAGCACAAGUCGCGCUAA